GUGAACACCGACACUUGUUGAGAAGACGUGUUCCUGCACACCAGCGAGCACCUGUUUGGUAUCCUCCUGUCAUUUGUCUGAGUUUUAACACAGGAGCCGCCCUAAUGGCAGAUGUUGGCAAGAUCGAGGACAACUUCAAGGAGUACAACGAUGCCUCUAUCAUCACGCAGGUCAUGAGACGGUUCGCCCUGGGCUUGCGGGAGCUGGUGUUGGUUGCUGUUGUAGUUGGCAUCGUAUUGUUGUGUGUUGUGUUUGUCAUUAUGUUCGCUGUCACUAAAUCUGACGAGGUGGCCGCUCGGGUGGAAGCACAGAGAGGACGCCAGUUUGACAACACAUGUUUCACUAAAGCGUGUCUGGAUGCUACCAGCUACACCCUCGACAACAUGAACUUCAGUGUCAACCCCUGUGACAACUUUUAUGAGUAUGCGUGUGGUAACUACCGCCUUAAACGCCCCUUAGACGCAGUUAACAAAGACCACAGUCCUCUACGGGAUUUAUUCUACAAGAACCAACAGAAACUCAGGACACUUCUGGAAGCUCCAGCGAAGCGGAACACUGAGUGGGCGUCGGAGCGGAAGUUAAAGCAUCUGUUCCAGUCGUGCAUGGAUGACUUCACGCUCGAGCAGUUGAAGGGGACGCCGUUCCUAGAGCAGAUCUUGAAGCCUCUGGGGGGAUGGUACGUCCUCGGCACGUGGGAGGCAUCGACGUGGAACCUGAACGGGAUUCUGAAAAAAGUCCAGUCUGACUUCUGGGUGGACGCGCUGUGGGCUCCGAGGGUGGGGCAAGAUUGGAAUGAACCUAAAAAAAGAUCGAUUGAGAUAUACCCUGCUGGGACCGGGAGGUAUAUGAGGUGGUAUUACUACACCGACCCCAGUGCCGUGAAGAUUCAGAACGAUUACAAGACGUUCAUGCGCCGUGUGGCCAGCUUGAUAAUCAGGGACUCCAACAUAACACUGUCUGCUCAGACACAACAGGAGAGGGUGCAACAAUUUAUCACGGACGCCUUCAGCGUGGAGACACACAUUGCAAGGAUCGCGUCAGGGACUCAGUGGACAUCGAACCCCUACACUGACACCAACAAGAUCUCGUUAGACGAUCUCACUACCAGGACAAGGAAUGUGAUUGACUGGAAACAACAGAUGACGUAUCUCUUCAAUGAUGCCGGGGUGAGCGGCAGUACCGAAGUUGCUGUGUACAAUUUCAACUAUCUCACACACAUCGCUGACGUCAUCAACAACAUCAGUGCGGCUGAUAGAGCGAGAACACUGCACAACUACCUGAUGUGGCGUGUGAUGGAGAUAUACGUGCAGGACCUGUCCACGGAGUACGUCCACGCCAACAGAGAGGUGUACGUCGACAUCACCGGCUACAGGGAGUUUCAGGGCAAGUGGAGGUACUGCUUCUACUACAGCAACGGGAGACUCCCAGACGCCAUGGCGGCUCUCUUUGUGGCGGACCACUUCGCAGACCAGAACAAAGCAAAGGUCAUUGACAUCACGUCAACCACCAAGCAGGCGUUGGGGGAUCUACUCCGGACCACGCCCUGGCUGGACGACGAGACAAGGGCCUAUGCUGAGAGCAAGGUGAAGGCCACGACGUUCAAGCUCGGCUACCCUGAUUAUAUCGUGAACCAGGACAGCGUCGACACCAUCUACAACCAGCUGCAGAUAAACGGGUCCGACUGGUUCGGGAACAUCCUCCGCAUCAACCAGUUCCACAAGACCCGCUGGAACAAGGAGCUCCGGGAGGGCGAGGACCGGAAGCGGUGGUACUUCCGGGCGUUUGACACCAACAUGGCGGUGUGGUGGUACUGGAACCAAGUCGUGGCGCCCGCGGGGUUGCUUCAGUUCCCCUUCUACGACUUCCACAUGCCCCACUUCUACACGUUUGGGUCCUUUGGGUCCCUCUUGGGACAUUAUGUGCUGCACAUCGUUGAUGAAUGGGGUCGCACCUGGGACAAAGAUGGCGAGUAUAUGGGCGCCAAUACAGAAUGGUGGACGAACGCCACCAUGACGUCAUACGGCGACGUCAAACAGUGCAUGAUCGACGCCCUCACCAACAAAACACAGGGGCCUGUGGUCAGACCUGAUGGAAAGAAAGUCGAUAUGCCCAUUAACGCCGCCGGAGUAGCAACAGAAACUAUCGCCAUCACUUCGGGAGUCCAUCUCUCUUACAAGGCAUAUCAGCUGUGGCUGAGUCAGAAGGGGAUGGAGAAGACUGCGCCCAAUGGGAAGAAUCUCAGCAAUGAGAAGCUGUUCUUCAUUUCAUUUGCCCAGAUGUACUGCUAUAACACAGACAACGAGCUGAUGUACCGGAGGCUGCGGUUCGGGUACUACCUGCUGGGAGACACGAGGGUGAACACAGCUUUGGGUCAACUCAGAGAAUUCAGUCAAACAUUUGGCUGCGGCCCAACAUCAAACAUGAAUCCGCCUAACAAGUGCACCCUGUAUUGACGCCAGACAUGACCCUCCAUCCACCCAUCCAUCCACCCAGCCCCUCCCUGACAAGUGCAUCCUGUACUUACGUCACACAUGACCCUCCAUCCACCCACCCAUCCACCCACCCCCUCCCUGACAAGUGCGACCUGUACUGACGUCACUCAUGACCCUCCAACCACCCACCAUCCACCCGACCCCUCCCUGACAAGUGCACCCUGUAUUGACGUCACUCAUGACCCCCAACCCCACCCCUCCUUGACAAGUGCAUCCUGUACUUACGUCACACAUGACCCUCAAACCACCCACCCACCCCCUAACAGGUGCACCCUGUACAGACGUGUUUUGACGUUGAUACGGAGUUAUAUACGUCAUCGGGACGUCACGAUGCCUCAGUCUGACGUCAUCACAACAAUCUAUUCGCGGAGUUGUACAACAUCUCAGGAGUCGUGCUAUACACGUGAUCACUCUAGUGUCUGUACAACAAUGUACAGUGCGCACUACUUAUCAAAUAGUAUACAACAACAGCCAUCUGCAAUAACCUCCACAUCUACGCGGAAAGACUAUAAUGAACCCUGUAUGCAUGAUAAAGACCACAUGGCCGCGGUCUAUCUGUGAUCAUGGUGCUGCUGGUGUUAUCACUGCCUUGUCGGCACUGACUUCGAGGGAGAUCAUGGUUCACCAUAUACACAAAUAUGUAAUGUUGUACAUAAAAAUGUAUUUAUUUCUUGAUUCUUCUGUAUUUGUAUAUCGUCAAAUUAAAAAAAACAUUUUUCUAA